GGGAGCCUCAGGUCCUCCAUGAGACACUGUCUGUCCCAUUGGGCGGUUCUCCGCUUCCUGUUUACAGUCCAUGUUGCGUUGCCGGGCGCGUUGCCUGGCGACGGGCCGCUGUUGCAGUUUCUCCCGCCAUGGAUCUGUGCGGGGUGAAGGAGCCCACGGUGAAAUACUUGGAGCCGAAGCCGGAGCCGGAGCCUCCUCCCUCGCCACGGACCAGCCAUUAUUACCGGGUCAAACCGGGCGUCCCCGACAGAUUCGAGCAUCCCAACAUCUUCCAUGGUUACAGAUCCCGACCUCUUAAUCCGAUAUAUCGAACAACCAACCAAAUCUAUGGGAGUCAGCAGCCGACUGUUCAUGAAAUGCCGACCAGCUACUUUGCAAUAUCUCGGAAAAUCUCUGAUGAUUUAAGUAAAUGUGGGAUGUACAGAGACAAUGGAUUUAACGUGGACCUGGACAAAACGCUGGUCACUGGGCCAGACAACCUCGUUAGGUUUCAGGACCGUCUGAACUUCCACCGUUCCUACCUGCGGAGCGGAACGUCAGACACGGAAUAGUGGGUGCCAUCGCCCGCUGCUUCCUAACGGAUACUUCCCCCGCUGCCCGUUCUCUGUACCAGUGGCUGCAAUUACUGCGCAUGUCCCUUACCUGACCCUUCAAUUAAUUUAAAUUUAGUGUAUUAAAAGUAUUCGUUCAGAACUAGUA